CUCAGGGCCAUGCUGAGUGACAUUGGGGACUAUGUAGGUCCGCCAGUAAACGUGGCCAUGGCUAUUGAAGUGGCCAGCAUUGACCACAUCUCAGAGGCCAACAUGGAGUACACAAUGACCGUGUUCCUGCGGCAGAGCUGGCGUGAUGACCGCCUGUCCUACAACCACACCAACAAAACCUUGGGGCUGGACAGCCGCUUCGUGGACAAGCUCUGGCUGCCCGACACUUUCAUCGUCAACGCCAAGUCUGCCUGGUUCCACGACGUCACCGUGGAGAACAAGUUGAUUCGCUUGCAGCCCGACGGUGUCAUUCUCUACAGCAGCCGAAUCACAUCGACAGUGGCGUGCGAUAUGGACCUGACCAAGUAUCCAAUGGACGAGCAGGAGUGCAUGCUGGACCUGGAGAGCUAUGGCUACUCCUCAGAGGACAUCGUGUAUCACUGGUCAGAGAGUCAGAGACAUAUCCAUGGCCUUGACAAAUUGGAGCUAUCCCAGUUCACCAUCACAGACUAUCGAUUUGUGACUGAGAUGAUGAACUUUAAGUCAGCGGGACGUUUUCCAAGACUCAGCCUUCGCUUCGAACUUAGACGAAAUCGAGGCGUCUACAUUAUUCAGUCAUACAUGCCAUCGAUUUUACUCGUCGCCAUGUCCUGGGUGUCCUUUUGGAUCAGCCAAUCGGCAGUCCCUGCUCGAGUAUCCCUGGGGAUCACAACUGUCCUCACCAUGACCACCCUGAUGGUGAGCGCCCGCUCCUCCCUGCCGAGAGCGUCGGCCAUCAAGGCUUUAGACGUCUACUUCUGGAUCUGUUAUGUGUUUGUCUUCGCCGCACUCAUCGAGUAUGCUUUCGCCCACUACAACGCAGACUAUCGGCUCAAAGAGAAGGCCAAGGUCAAGGCUAGCAAGUUAAACUCUGAGUCCAUAGUGAAGAAUGGUAAGCAGGCCAUGGUGCUCUUCUCCCUCUCUGUCACUGGUAUGAACCAGGGGGUCAUGAUUUCUAACCGCCACAGCCGCUCCCAACGCUCAGGGGCCGAGACCCCCAGGGAGGGCGGCAAUGAGGAGACAGAGCCUAGGAGGAGGAGAUCCAGGCACACGGAGGAGAGUGAGGAGGAAAGGAAAUGCUGCGCCAAGUGUGUCUGCAAACCUAUCGACGCUGACACCAUCGACAUCUAUGCCAGGGCUGUGUUCCCCUUCACUUUUGCUGUGGUGAACGUCAUCUACUGGGUGGCGUACACCAUGUGAGGAGAGGCAGGAGGACUCUGAAAACAGCUUCCGUCCGUGGCUGUUUGUAGAGGAAAUUGGUGGAUCUUGUGCCACUGUGAAUGCUCAAAAUGUGGCAAUCGACAUAUAGGCCUCCAAAGAGAAGUGAUAAAUGCUGGCCUCCUAAAUAGUUAAUGUUAAUUAACGGAACUAGUUAAGAGUUUAAAAAGCUAGGAAAAGGACAUUAGAUUCCUAAUGGAUGUGUCUUUAUUCAAGAAUUCACAGUUGCAUUGUGCAAUGGCGAGGAGCAUUGUAAGCCUUGAAUGCUGACUCAUUCCUUGUAUGAAGCUCACUGUAUGACAGUUUUGCUUUAGCAUUUCUGCUCAUCCUACCCACAAUACUGUGUGCAGUGACCACAACUUGCAAACCCACAUGGAGCGUCAUCCAGAUUUCAUCACUUACUCCACAUGCACUGACUCCGCAGGACAUUAGAUAGCAGGCAAAUUGGUAGGCUGACCACAUACUCACAUAUUACAGGCAAAUACAUGCACAAGUGUCAUUAUCUAACCAACCAAUAACCACAGUGUUGGAUAAACUGCCUGUUUUCUUGAAAAGAAAGUCUAUCCACAAAAAACAAAACAAACAAAAAAAAACCAAAACAGGACAACAGGUCAAGAUGUAUUUCUGUUCUGCAUGGCUGUUAUUUUGCUUUGCUCCCUCCCUGCCAUCUCCCCCUUCUCUGUCAAUCUCCCUCUUUUAUCCCUCCACCCAUUUUUCCAAUUUAGUUUUUGUUUAGGGUGCAGAAUGGAGCCUCUUAUCUCCCUCUGCCAGUUCUGCCUGUUUCCUGAUCAUUAAAGGACUUCCUCCUGAACUUGUGUC